AUGGGAAUUUAUAUUAAGGUGGAAAUGCAUCCUAUGUGGAGACAAAGCAAGCUUCGUGAGGUAUGUGGAGAGCACAAAAUCCACGUCAGUGCUUAUUCACCACUGGGUGGGCCAGGAAAUUCAUGGGGAUCAACGGCUGUGGUUGAACAUCCGAUCAUCCAAGCCAUUGCUCUGAAACACAAGGCUACUCCGGCUCAGGUUGCUCUAAAAUGGGGAUUGUCGAAGGGAGCCAGUGUGAUUGUGAAGAGCUUCAAUCAAGAGAGAAUAAGGGAGAACAUGGCUUCUUUCAAUCUUAAAUUGGACGAUGAAGAUCUCAUUCAGAUUGACAAUUUGGAAGAGUGGAAGAUUAUGAGAGGAGAUUUUCUUAUCAACCAAACAACUAGCCCAUACAGGACCCUUGAAGAUUUAUGGGAUUAUGAAAUCUGA